AUUGGUCGUUCUGAGGCAUAUCUUGGUAUGGCAUAGCCGCCCCAUCGGAAGACAUUGGUCGUUCUGAGGCAUAUCUUGGUAUGGCAUAGCCGCCUCAUCGGAAGACAUUGGUCGUUCUGAGGCAUAUCUCGGUAUGGCAUAGCUGCCCCGUGUGAAUAUUCCGAUCUUACUGCAGCAAACAUGAAAAAGUGCGGUCAUCCUUUACGCUUUGACCCGUCGACUGAUGAUAGUGAUGUAGUCUCUUGUACUAUGUUCAGUACUGACCCUACUACUACUACUUAUUAUUAUAGUAGGAUACUAUAGUAAUACUCUAUAGCGUUAUCAGCUUUAUAGUGCUGUAGUAAUACUAACUAAACGAUUCCGGAGUAGUACUACUACUCUCAAAUGGUUUACUUUCUAUACCAGUAUGACAUCAGUACUAGUACUAUGUAUACCACUUUUUGUAGUAGUAUCACAGCACUAUGAAGCUUGAAAUUAGCACUAUUUUAGAACUGUAAAGCACUAAUAAUGGUAAGCUACUACGCUGAAGUCGAUGACGGAGGGAGUUCGUGAUUAACUUGAGUAUUGUAGUAUUUCAACGAGAAUAUCAUAUUGCUAACUCCAUUACUCUUGGUGAGAUCAGCUCAAAUCCUGAUGAAUAACAGCGAUAAAUUAUCGCCGAUAAUGUUAACGAGUGGUCGGCUUGUCUCGGAGGGCUGUCUUGUUAGAUGCUUUUAUCCGCUUGGGUGAGGCCUGGGGGCAUUGAAGCUGUGAGUAAUAGCAGAGUGCUCAGCUUUACGAAGGCAGCAUCUGAUAGAUUCUUCGGCCUCGCUGCAGUCGACUUGGACCGGCCUGUUCAAGCAGCUAGGGCUAUCGAAAAAGCGGUCAAAGAGGAUGGCUUUGUCGGUGUUCGUAUAAUGCCAUGGCUUUGGGAUAGACCGCCGACCCACGAGACUUACUAUCCUAUUUACUUGAAGUGCGUCGAACUAGGAGUUCCCCUGUGUACACAGGUUGGUCAUACAGGUCCAGCACGGCCCAGCGACACUGGUAGGCCGAUACCAUACAUCGAUAGAGUCGCUCUCCACUUCCCCGAGCUACGUAUUGUUUGUGGACAUAUUGGACAUCCGUGGUUGAAUGAGAUGAUGUCAGUGAUGUGGAAACAUGAUAAUAUCUAUCUUGACACGAGCGCAUACCUCCCCAAGAUGUAUGGCAAAGAUCUUCUAGCCUAUAUGUGUUCUAAGUCUGGUUCCAAGAAGGUUAUGUUUGGCACCAACUUCCCUCAGCUUGAUUUAAAGAAGUGUAUGCAGCAGGUGCACGAGCUAGGCUUACCGUCAGAGAUCAAGGAUCGUUUCCUAACCACCAACGCUCAGAGGGUCUUCAAUUUGCCGCAACGCAGAUUGGCAGAGGACAGAGGACAGAGCAAGUUGUGA